CAACGGUCCGUAAGUCACAUCCAGUCCUUCAAUGGCCUUCAUCUCUAAGGUUCACAACUUCUCCGGCGACUUUCAAACUCCAGCAACCACCCUACCAAUGUGGUAUGAUGAGACUGCACCCAAUUUCUUCGAUACCUAUGGGAUGAAAAUGCCACCGGGAUAUGACAUCACCACACCGUUAUCUCGAUCAUCGUCAUGGAAGACUUCGUUCCCGGAGAGAUUUGGGUUGUCUGAGAUGGUGGUUCCGACGUCACCGACCGGAUUUAAUAGCAUUCCCGUCGGAAGUGAUUAUCAGAAGGUUGAAAAGGAUGACUAUUUUUUUAGCAGCGGGGGCUAUAGUACCAACUCAUGGUCGGGUUAUCCCACUGCAACUGCCAAUUGGGAAAUCGAAAACCAGAAGAUGAGCACAGAAAUCGAAGAACCGACAUUAAAGAUAGGUAGGUAUUCGGUUGAAGAAAGGAAGGACAAGAUCAUGAAGUAUCUCAAGAAGAGAAAUCAAAGGAACUUCAACAAAACGAUUAAGUAUGAAUGCCGAAAGACGUUGGCUGACAAGCGAAUACGAGUUCGAGGGAGGUUCGCAAAGAAUAAAAACGAUCAUCAUCAUCAUCAUCUUCAUGAUCAUCAUCAACCAUGUGAAGAUCAAGUGCUUCCGAACAUCAAUACUAAUAGUAAUCCUUGUGAAGAAGACAUUCAACAAUUAUACACCAAUAACUUUCUGAUGAAGCAGGAUUACGAUGAAGAAGAAUGGCUGCAAGAAGCAAUGGCAAGUUUAUUGUAUUCACCGUAACAUAGAAUAUUUGUUAAUUACUAAUUAAUUAAUCGGAGUUUCUUCCAUACGAUCAUAUCCUCCAUGUAUAUUCCUAACAGUUUGUAGCAAUC